GGUUGCAAUGCAUAAAACAUGAACAUUCUUACUCCUAUCCUUGAUCAUCCUCAUAGACAACAAAACCCUUUGAUGGUCACGAUGACGUUGACAAAUUCGGAUGCUACAUCUAGCAGAAGCACAAGUAGUCAAAGAGCAGGGAGUUCAUCCAUCUCAAGAACAGAAAAGGCAUCCAAAGGUACAAACCAUACAACACAGGAAACAAGAGCGACUGCUGUCACAUCCAAUUCACCUUCUUUAAGUCCUCUGAAUGCGCCUCAAUUACCAUCUUCGAUUGCCAAUCGUGAAGGAAUAGAUGAUGAUGAAGAUACUGGAUAUACAAAUGAUGAAGUCGGAUUGGCUUUGGCUUUUGGAGCGGGAGAGCCGGUCAAAAGCGGUUCGGAUGGUCUGGAUGGCAGUGUGGGGCUGACCAAAGAAGAGUCAAUUGCACUAGAUGGAAAAAGACUUGGAGGUCAAAAUGAAAAGGACGACGAGCCAGGCAAUUUUGAGGAGGGGGAACAGAAAGAUGAGGAAAAACAGAAACAGUCGUUAGGCUUAUCAUUGAAGAGUAAAGUGCUACAUUUCACACCCUCUUGGUUUUCGGUUACAAUGGGCACGGGUGUAAUUGCAACAUUGUUCACCUUGCUAGGUCAAAUAUGGGGUACGGAACAAUACUCUCCAUUCUUUCGAUCAUUUAUUCGUUGGCCAGCUUUAGUGUAUCUAUUGCUGGAUAUUGCAAUCUUUAUCAUCUUCUCAGCAUCGUUUCUCGCCAGGUACAUUCUCUUUCCUCAAGUCUUACCUCUCACCAUCAAACAUCCUCAAAAGUCCAUGUUCUUAGGAACUGUUCCUAUGGGCUUAAUCACAAUCACUUCUGGUAUCUGUCAACUUGGCUCGACUUCAUUCGAUUUGGGAAUAUGGCCAACGUUCGUUGCUGUUGGCUUGUUCUUCUUUUGUUGUCUAUUGAGCACAGUUGUUGCUUUGGGGGUUCCUUGGAGUAUUGUCACAUAUCAAAAAGGUCACAGGUUUGAAGGUACAACAGCCGCUCUUUUACUCCCGGUCGUUCCGCCAAUCACUGCUGCAGCUCUUGCAAGCGUGAUUGCUGAACAUUUGAUCGAUGGUCACCCUACCUUGGCAUAUACAGUGAUGGUAGUAGGUUAUAUGCAACUAGGAAUUGGACUGCCUUUAGCAAUGAUGAUCUUGGUGUUGUACCUGCAAAGAUUGAUCUUAUUCAAAGCACCGCCAAGAGAAGUGAUUGUUUCCGUCUUUCUGCCUUUGGGACCAUGCGGUCAAGGUGGAGAAGCAGCGUUGCAUUUAGGAAGGGUGGCAAUGACUCUAUUCCCCCGUAUCUCGUCAACACCGAAUACUGGUGUUCCGCAACUUACACUUGGCGUUGGAGAAGCGUUUUACGGUGCUGGAAUGAUUGCAGCUUUAUUGCUAUUCGCAUUAGGGAUCUGGUGGAUGGUAAUGGGAACGGCAACAUUUUUGCUAGAAUGGAACAGAGGUAAUCUCAAAUUCAAUAUGGGUUUUUGGAGCUUUACCUUUCCGCUUGCAUCUUUGGCAAUUUGCACGGGUAGAUUAGCAAUGGAAUUGGAUUCGUUAACGUUAAAGAUUGUUUUUACCGGCUUUGUUUUGGCAAAUUUUAUCCUUUGGGUUUCAGUUGCGAUCCCAACCGUAAGAGGUUUCUUCUCUGGAAAUCUUCUCAUCGCACCUUGCAUUGCAAGUUUACCUUUGGACCCUCUCUUGGGCAAAAGAUGAUCAUUAUACCCCAUGCCUUCAAGGCCAUCUGUAUCAUAUCAUUUGUACAUCAUCAUCAAAUAUCAUUUCUGUUUUGAACACGCGAGCA